AGGCUACCUUGGCGUUUUCUACCUUGUCCGCGACUCAUAUCUGAUAUUGAUUUAUACAUAGCUUAGUUGCGCUAGUUACCUUCCAGACUUGUAUACAGGCAUGCUACCUAGUCUCUUGCUGUUGAACUUGAGUCAACCAUCGGACCAAGUUGGUGUCGAAUUGACAAGAUGCGUGUCUCCUCGGGCCUCGUUGUAUUCUUGGGCACAGUCCCUAUGCCAAUUGCGGCCAUGUUCUACUACCCAAACGUUGCUGUAUCGGCCCUCGAACACAUCCUCGUGGACAAUUGGGGCGCCUAUGCCUCUAAUUUCUCGUCGGCCAUCACGCCCUGCGACAACUAUGUCACAGAAGUGGGCCAGCCGGCCAUAAACUCUCGCAGGACAACGUCUGCGCAGUGGCUACGCGUUGCGUUCCAUGAUUUCGCCACGGCCGAUGUUGCUGCCGGGACAGGCGGGUUGGAUGCCAGCAUCGGAUUCGAGACGGCUCGCGGCGAGAACUCCGGGUCCGCGUUCAACGACAGCUUUACGUUCUGGCGGCCCUUCGUUAACGAGUUUGUUCCUAUGUCUGAUCUGAUUGCCAUCGGGACGGUCAUGUCGGUACAUCUAUGUGGAGGGAAAUACAUACCGUAUAAACCCGGUAGGAUAGACGCGACUGUAGCUGAUCCCAAGACCGGCGUACCAGAGCCGUCAACAAGCCUGGGAGAGACACUGGCGCAGUUCGAAAAAACCGGCUUCAACCAACACGACGCCAUCGCCUUGACGGCAUGCGGUCACACUAUAGGAUCUGUACAUGCUGGAGGGUUCCCAGAGGUAGUCGAGCAGUCUGCCAUAACUCCGAAUAACACCAAUGGUGCAUCAAACCUUGACGACACCCGGGCAGUGUUCGAUUCGGCAGUGGUCCACGAAUACAUCGACAACACAGGAGCCAGGGGCGGUCCGCUCGUGACAAGUUUCAAUGAGAGUAGUAGGUCGGACCUCCGGCUAUACGAGAGCGAUGGCAACAAGACCAUGUUGGAGUUGUACGCUCAAGGAGAUGGGUUCCAAGACACUUGCGUCGACUUGCUAGGCCGCAUGCUCAACACCGUUCCGUCAAAAGUACAUCUCCAAUCAGCAAUAGCGCCAGCGUUCAUCAAGCCGAUAAAUGUGACUUGGGAUGUCACUGGCGAUAAACAGCUAGUCCUCUCGGGAAAAAUCAGGAUGUUGUACUCUAGAGAGAUUCCGAAGGACCCGGUCUCAAUAACUUUCUCGAAUAACUAUACGGAGACACUAGUCCCCGAGGACAACUUGGGCACCUCUGUGUUCAAACUAACCGAUAACCAAACGAACGCUACAACGCAGUACCUACCCUUCUCGAUAUCUAGCGCUAAGUUAUCAGAAGCAUCAUCGUUUGCCAUCGCGGCAAAAGGCUUCGAGACGCAAGUCUUUCCCAUUCAAGAUAAAGCGUUUAUCGUCCCCAGCUUGACUCGUGUCGCGGAUGGCAUAGUAUCCAUUACCAUUGCAGCGAGAACAGACCAAGCCAAUUUCGACCCAUCACAGGUAUCAGUUAAAAUCUCGACUCCGAUUGCGCAGCCACUCACACUUGCACCUAAGAUUAUACGGACAGAUAUGCAGCUCGAGAAGGGUGCAAGCCCGUUGAAGGAUAUAGGUUACUGGUCUGGGACCAUCGCAACUGAAUCACCUACCGGGGCUGUGAGUGCAACUUUGCUCUCAGGAGAGGAUGUUAUCGACACCCUAUUGCUUGAUGCUGGAGUCGCAGGGUGGUAAAACCCUUCCGCGACUUUCAGGCCGCAUAUCGGAGCUUCAUAUAAGCAUAUGCUAAAAUAUAAUUGCUAUAUGAGCGAUACGAAAUAAAACUUGUAUAGAUCUUCGCCGCCCAUUUCCAUGGCCAAAUGCAAUACCCUAAGUAGUAAGACUAGCCGUGAACCAAUGAUCAAUUCAUGUCACUUCUGCGUUGGCCGCAAUAUCUGACGUAGUGGGAUUAUAUACAGCGGCAUGUAGUCUAGAGGCAAUCGACAUUUUAUGGUCAGGCG